AAACCCUCAUUUCAUCUCGCAGUGGUACUAGAUAAUGGCGGUGUGUGUAGUUGCUGUUCACCGGGCAGGAGCAAGAUGCAGAGGAGAUUCCAAUCAGCGAAGGAUAAAAGGGAGAAGAGGAGUGAAGAAUGAACAGCACAGAGGCCCCAUGCAUACUAAUGAGGAGGCGCUAGUGCAGGUGGAUCUCUGGGACAGGUGUGCCGGACGUGAAGAAGGUCAUUCCUCGGAGCUUCUCAUCAUUCCACCUGGACCUGAUGACUCGCGCACGGUUAUGGCUUCGGACCCCCUGCGAAUGAUAGGCAUCUUAGUCUCUGAUAUGCAGCCACACACGUCACCAAUAGGUACUGAGGUCACCAAACACAAUCAAAAUAAAGUACAAAACAACAGUGACAGGAAGGGAAGGUGGAAGCCCCGGGGCAGCUCCUCCUUCUCCUCUUCCUCUUCCUCCUCCUCGUCGCCCUCCUCCCCUUAGUGUUGAUUGUGGUGGUGGUGAUGGUGGUGGUGUCGACUCCCUCUCCGUCAGGAAAUCUAUAUUACUGAAGAAGGAAAUAGUUUGUGGAUAAGGUGGAUUUUAAAAGAGGAAUUCAUUUAGAAGUGAAGGAAACAGUGACUUGAAUUGUUGGAAAAAGAAAAUGUUUUAGAAGAUUUUGAGUUCGAGAAAGAGAGAAAUGUGAUUCGAUUUGUGAAGAAAGUAGAUUAUAAAUGAAAAAAAAUGUGUUGAAUAUAAAAAAUAAAGGACAAAUUGGAAUAAAACUGGAAGAUAAAGGAAGAUUUGGUUUGAAAGAUAAGAAAAAAAGAAAACUCAAUUUUGGGGAAAAGAAAAAUAUCAAGAAGAAUUUCAAUCAGAAGUGAAGAAAGAAUGGAUAUGUGAAUAAGUUGAUAAAAGGAAAAACUUGAUUAGAAAUAGAAAAAAUCAAGUCACUGAAGUAAUAACAAUUUUCCUAAACGAGUGAAAAAUCUUAAUUAGUCCAUUUUUUUUCGAACCCAGUGACGUGUUAGCUUUUGAUUGGCUAAUUCUCCAAAAGCCUGUGACGUGAAGCUUCCUGAUUGGUGGACGCGUGAAGACUGAGGACGUGGCGUGCGAUGAUUGGCUGGUGAUGAGGGAGGCUGAGGGUUAUGAUUGGGCACCACCAUGAGUCUGACACCGCUGGACGAGGACUCUUCAGAGGUGCAGGAGCCGGAGCGUCAGGGGGUGUGCGAUACGCUGAGGCACAGUGCCAAUUGGAAGUGCUUCAUCUUGACCCUGCUCAUCCUUGCCUGCCUCGCUGCCAUCGCCUGGUGCAGACUUACUCAGGUAACAAAGGUAUUCCUGGACUUCGACACCUUUCCCAUCACCAUGACCCGUAAGCUGAGUGCCUGCGAGGACGGCUACCUGUACAUACCUGUCGCUUUUCUGGCCAUGCUUUACCUGGUGUAUCUUCUCGAGUGCUUCCACUGUCCCACCAGGAUGCAGCUGACCCACACCACCCCAGCGUCGCAUGUCGAGGCAAUGAUAGAGGCGAUGAGAGCAGCCCAGCCUGUCAUUUGGUGGAAGGCAAUGUGCUAUCACUAUGUCAGGCGAUGCAGACACGUCACUCGGUACAGGAACGGGGACGCUUACACAAGCACACAGGUGUUUUACGAGCGCGUCAACUCUCAUUCCGUGGGUACCUGCUUCCUCUUCUCAAACUGUGGUGCUAAGGACAUCUCCAAGAAACUCGUGAACCUCUCCAAGUACGCCUGCACCAAGAUAAGAAUCUCAAAAGGAUUUGCAUUUGCCAAUUUGGAAGCAGCGAAUGAGUUUGAGGAGCAGAGGGCACGUUUCUUCCAGGAGAGUGAGAGGAGAGACGACUACAUGGAGAUGAGAGAGGGACUGGAUCUUACUAACGUGGUGUUCCGUGAGUUUGUGAUCGCAAGACGUGACAACAGGCGGCCCCCGUGGUAUGUAAGGCACGUCGUCUUUUGGGUCGCCUCCCUGCUGCUCCUCUCGUGGCCUCUGCGUUUCCUUAUCGAGUAUAACACUACCUAUGUCCACUACCAGGUGACCAAGCUGUUCGGCGUAAACUACACCACGCCCGUCAGCGGAGGCCGCGCCUCGAGGGGCUCCGCCACCACCGACAGCCACGAUCUGGAGGUGACCAUCGCCAACAAUUGCACGCUGGUGCCGUCGUACAGCGAGGCGCUGCUCAUGGAGGUGUCGGCGCCAGUGGACGCCAACGGUAACAUCCCCGGCAGCCUGCCCGCGGCGGCCUCUUCUGCCAGUGUGGGCUCCGAGCUGGCGGUGAGCCUGUCCCUCGGCGCCGCGGCCUCCAGGACCUCCCUGCACAACGGCUACGUCCUCUACCACGCCUCACCCCUCGUGCCCUGCGUGCCGGCUGACCCCUUCGAGGGCUGCGGCUGCACCCUGCCGGCUGAGGCACCUCCUGACUAUGAUGAUGCCCUACGAGUGUCGGCGCCUCUCCUGGGCUCCAUGUCCCCCUCCCCCCUGAGACGAUCUCACACUGAGAGGGACAUUCCAUCUACGCCCCGCCUCGCCCUGCCCCGCCGAUCCUGUCACUACGACCUUGAAACCCAGCUAUGACCGCCCCCUGAGCCUCCUCACCCUUUCAACUCCAGCACAACCCCGCCCACCCCUGACCCGCCCCCCCGUCCCACCUCCCUUCUCCCACUAACCGCUGCCUCCCUUCCUUCACCGCCCUCAUCACCAGACUCUCCCACGCACCACGGCGACCCCCUCCUCCACCCAAUCAGCCCGCUGCUCACGCCCCAGAAGGCUCGUUGGUGCGGCAAGUGUUCCUGAGCUGCUCCGCGCCGAGCCGGCCCGCUGCUCACCGUCAGAUCGUCAACAUUUACCCUCGAUGUCGUCCCUGGCUUGCUGCCGCUGAGAUAUGCGGGGCAGAGCUGGUGCUGCUGCGCUGCUUGAGUCGCCCGCGGCUCGGAACACGCUUCAUGUCUGGUGCUUCAUUGCUAUAGCGCGCCUCGGCCUCCUUACUUUUGGGUACUGCAGGAAGAAAGUACUGGUGGCUCCCGCUGCCAUAACAAGCUGCAGGGACACAAGUCGGGUGACUUUUUAUAAUCAAGGGAGUGGCACCUGGUCAGUUUUGUUCCUGUGUGACCCCCAAGUGACUGCCACAGACUGGCCCAGAGGCAGGUUACCCCUUUUCGCGUGUACAAAACGCGGUAAAGAAAGCCCAGGUGUCCCAGCGUCGCGUAAUUGCCUUGGAACACCGCUGACCCGCCGCUGAGCGCUCCUGGCGCGGCGGGACGGCGGAACUCCCCCUCCCCGUUUUGUGGGAGACUCCGCUUUGCUUUGUUGUUGUGAUCUUUGUUGUUUGCAGGACAGCUGUACAAGGGCGGCGAGAAGACAUGCCGCUAGUUUUUGAUACUGUACUAGAAAUUUGUCUUGGAAGAGAAACCAAGACAAAGAAUGGUAAGUGGGUCUCUUGGUGGAGAGUCUGGGAGAGUCACUCCCACCACAGGUGUUCAAGACUCACCAGAGGAUGUAGAGGGGCAGGUGGAUGGCGGACACAACCACCUUCCCCUCGCCACACAACACACAAGCAACACAAACACUCGCCAAGCACAACAAUGAAUCCUGCAACACUUCACGCCGACAGCAAUUUGCUCUAAAAACUUUCCGUAAACCUCCACUUGAACCUGAAAGCGAAGGAAUUCAUGCGAGAAACACAUUAGCCUCUUUCUUUUCUCCAGUAGGCUGCCGUGUUUUUUCGAUGCGCGGUUACACACACACACACACACACACACACACACACACACACACACACACACACACACCACAACGUCACA